AUGGAUGACUUGACAUGUGAUGGUAAUUCUUCAUGUCUGAACCUCUGUCGGUACCCGACACUAUGCUACAUGGAUCUCAUGUUUGUCAUCGCAAUAACGUUUCUCAUCUUGAUUGGAAAUUUUGGGAACUUAUUUGUCUUUUUGUUGACUCCAUCCUUCCGGAAUGGUCACGGAAUAAUCCUGAUAUCUCUCGCAAUUGCUGAUUUUGGAACUGGUAUUAUAUCAUGUUUCUCCAUCUACCCAAUGGCUACUUUUCUUGUAACGCCAGAGGCUUGGCCAUACGGAGACACGGCGUGUAAACUGACUGCGUAUUUUGGGCAAGUGUUCAUUACAUCAUCGGGGACUACUCUGACUUUCCUUGCCAUUGAACGCUACAUCGCUAUUGAUCACCCUUUCAAAUAUUCCAGGUUUGUCACAAAGAAAGUCACAUUGACUUGUGUGGUAGUCAGCUGGGUUGGUAUUGCUCUGGCGUAUGUGACUACAUUAACUGAUGUUGCUUCUUAUGAGUACGUACCGGCGUUGCAUACAUGCACGAUUGCGUUCCUGGGCGAGCCAGUGCUGAUCGCGUUUGUGUUGUUCGUCAUUUUAAUACCAGACAUCAUCAUCGUAUCUGUGACUUCUUGUAUAGUAACUCGGACACUAAAAUCAAGCGACCGUAUCCGUGCCAACAUGGCGAUUGUUGCUACAACCCCAUCCCCAAGCCAACCGGGUUCGACCAACAGAGCAGCAACCAGUAAGAAGACGUUGAAACUGUUCCAAAUGGUAAGGGUUAUGACGAUUGCCGUGCUUGUCAGCUGGUUGCCGUACUUCUGUGUAGCCUUUCUCAUAUCGGUUGUCAAGGUGGAACUACCACACGAAAUUCUCUCCACGAGUCGCUUGCUACUCGUGUCCAAUGGGUUCUUCAACUCUGUGAUUUACUUCCUCAUGAAUAAGACAUACCACGACAGACUUGAUGAAUUGUGUAAGAAAAUGAUACCGCGGUUUUGUUUUCGACUGAAUGAUUGUGAGAUUAAAACAACAUAUUUCUGCUGUACCAACAACCGUGGAGGUAUACAGGAGAACAACGACAAUAUCGAACAUGAAGGACCAAAGAUUCCCGUGGAUUUAGAGCCAAAAGCGUAA